CCUGGUUCUGGUAGAGAAUUGCUUUUUUUUUUCAAUCAAAUUAAUUUCAUUUCUCAUUUGAGAAAAGCAAAGAUUUUCUUUUCUUUCUAACGACAAGACUUCUUAGUUUCCUGCAUGAGAAUUACUGAAACACUACACACAGAUCUUUUGUGAAAGAAGAAAAGGAAAUUCAGCUUGUGUGGCUCAGCAGGAGCUCAGCUAAUGCAGCUUAAAAUAAUGCCGAAAAAGAAGCGCUUAUCUGCAGGCAGAGCGCCGCUGAUGCUCUUCCUAUGCCAGAUGAUUAGUGCACUGGAAGUCCCUCUUGAUCCAAAACUUCUUGAAGACUUGGUACAACCACCAACCAUCACUCAACAGUCUCCAAAAGAUUACAUUAUUGACCCUCGGGAGAAUAUUGUAAUCCAGUGUGAGGCAAAGGGGAAACCUCCUCCAAGCUUUUCCUGGACCCGAAAUGGGACUCAUUUUGACAUAGAUAAAGACCCUCUCGUCACCAUGAAGCCUGGCUCAGGAACCCUCACGAUCAACAUCAUGAGCGAGGGGAAAGCAGAGACCUAUGAGGGAGUCUAUCAGUGUACAGCCAGGAACGAACGCGGGGCUGCGAUUUCUAAUAACAUUGUCAUCCGUCCAUCCAGGUCACCAUUGUGGACCAAAGAAAAGCUUGAACCAAUAACACUUCGAAAUGGCCAGUCUUUGGUCCUUCCCUGCAGACCACCAAUUGGGUUACCACCACCCAUAAUAUUCUGGAUGGAUAAUUCCUUUCAAAGACUUCCACAGAGUGAGAGAGUUUCCCAAGGUCUGAAUGGAGAUCUUUACUUCUCCAAUGUGCUCCCAGAGGACACCCGGGAAGACUACAUCUGUUACGCCAGAUUUAACCAUACUCAAACCAUCCAGCAGAAGCAACCAAUUUCUGUUAAGGUGAUUUCAGUGGAUGAAUUGAAUGACACUAUAGCUGCUAAUUUGAGUGACACUGAGUUUUAUGGUGCUAAAUCACAUAGACAGAGGCCACCAACAUUUUUAACUCCAGAUGGCAAUACAAGUCGCAAAGAGGAAUUAAGAGGAAAUGUCCUUUCCCUUGAGUGCAUUGCAGAAGGGCUGCCUACCCCAAUUAUUUACUGGAUAAAAGAAGAUGGAACACUCCCCAUCAAUCGGACAUUUUAUAGGAACUUUAAGAAAACUCUGCAAAUCGUUCAGGUUACAGAAGCAGACUCUGGAAAUUACCAGUGCAUAGCCAAAAAUUCAUUAGGAGCCAUCCAUCAUACCAUUUCCGUCACAGUUAAAGCGGCUCCAUACUGGAUCAUAGCACCUCAAAAUCUUGUGCUGUCCCCUGAAGAGGAUGGAACCCUCAUCUGCAGAGCAAAUGGCAACCCAAAACCCAGAAUUAGCUGGUUAUCAAAUGGAGUCCCGAUAGAAAUUGCCCCUGAUGACCCCAGCAGAAAAAUAGAUGGCGACACCAUUAUUUUUUCCAAAGUUCAAGAAAGAUCAAGUGCAGUGUAUCAGUGCAAUGCCUCUAACGAAUAUGGAUAUUUACUGGCAAAUGCAUUUGUGAAUGUGCUGGCUGAGCCACCACGAAUCCUUACAUCUGCAAACACACUCUAUCAGGUCAUCGCAAACAGACCUGCCUUACUGGACUGUGCCUUCUUUGGCUCUCCUCUGCCUGCCAUCGAGUGGUUUAAGGACGCUAAAGGGAGUGCUCUUCGUGAAGAUAUUUAUGUUUUACAUGAAAAUGGAACUUUGGAAAUUCCUGUGGCCCAGAAGGACAGUACGGGAACUUAUACAUGUGUCGCACGGAAUAAGUUAGGAAUGGCAAAGAAUGAUGUUCACCUGGAAAUCAAAGAUCCAACAAGGAUCAUUAAACAGCCUGAAUAUGCAGUUGUGCAAAGAGGGAGCACUGUGUCCUUUGAAUGCAAAGUGAAACAUGAUCACACCUUAAUCCCCACUGUCACGUGGCUGAAAGACCACGGGGAGCUGCCCAAUGAUGGAAGGUUCACUGUUGACAAGGACUAUUUGGUGGUUGCUGAUGUCAACGAUGAUGAUGGUGGGACCUACACAUGUGUGGCCAACACAACUCUGGACAACGUUUCGGCCAGUGCUGUGCUUAGCGUUGUCGAUGUCCCAAAUCCUCCCUUUGAUUUAGAAUUGACAGAUCAACUUGACAGGAGUGUUCAGCUGUCAUGGACCCCAGGCGAUGACAACAAUAGUCCUAUUACAAAAUUCAUCAUUGAGUAUGAAGAUGCAAUGCAUGAGCCAGGGCUGUGGCACCACCAAGCUGAAGUUCCCGGAACACAGACCACAGCCCAGCUGAAGCUGUCGCCCUAUGUCAACUAUUCCUUCCGAGUGAUGGCGGAAAACAACCUGGGGAGGAGUCUGCCCAGCGAGGCAUCUGAGCAGUAUUUGACUAAAGCUGCAGAACCUGAUAAAAAUCCCACAGCGGUGGAAGGGCUGGGAUCAGAGCCAGAUAAUUUGGUGAUUACAUGGAAGCCCUUGAAUGGUUUUGAAUCUAAUGGGCCAGGCCUUCAGUACAAAGUUAGCUGGCGCCAGAAGGAUGGCGAUGAUGAAUGGACGUCUGUGGUUGUGGCAAAUGUAUCCAAAUACAUUGUCUCAGGCACCCCAACCUUUGUUCCAUACCUGAUCAAAGUUCAGGCCCUGAACGAUGCAGGGUUUGCCCCAGAGCCAGCUGCGGUCAUGGGACAUUCUGGAGAAGACCUUCCAAUGGUGGCUCCUGGGAAUGUGCGUGUCAACGUGGUAAACAGCACCUUAGCUGAGGUGCACUGGGACCCUGUACCUCUGAAAAGUAUCCGAGGACACCUGCAGGGCUAUCGGAUUUACUACUGGAAGACGCAGAGUUCAUUGACAAGAAACAGACGCCAUAUUGAAAAGAAGAUCCUUACUUUCCAGGGCAGCAAGACUCACGGCAUGUUGCCUGGGCUGGAGCCCUUUAGCCACUACACACUGAAUGUCCGUGUGGUCAAUGGGAAAGGGGAAGGCCCAGCCAGCCCUGACAAGGUCUUCAAUACUCCAGAAGGAGUCCCCAGUGCUCCGUCCUCUUUGAAGAUUGUUAAUCCAACACUAGAUUCUCUCACUUUGGAAUGGGAGCCACCAAGCCACCCAAAUGGCAUUUUGACAGAGUAUACCUUAAAAUAUCAGCCAAUUAAUAGCACACAUGAAUUAGGCCCUCUGGUAGAUCUGAAAAUUCCUGCCAACAAGACCCGCUGGAUUUUAAAAAAUUUAAAUAUCAGCACUCGGUAUAAGUUUUAUUUCUAUGCGCAAACAGCAGCAGGAUCAGGAAGUCAAAUAACAGAAGAAGCAAUAACAACUGUGGAUGAAGCUGGUAUUCUCCCACCUGAUGUAGGUGCAGGCAAAGCGAUGGCAAGCCGGCAAGUGGAUAUAGCAACUCAGGGCUGGUUCAUUGGUCUAAUGUGUGCUGUCGCCCUCCUGAUCCUAAUUUUGCUGAUUGUUUGCUUCAUCAGAAGAAACAAAGGUGGUAAAUAUCCAGUUAAAGAAAAGGAAGAUGCCCACGCAGAUCCUGAAAUCCAGCCUAUGAAAGAAGAUGAUGGCACUUUUGGAGAAUACAGUGAUGCGGAAGACCACAAGCCUUUAAAAAAAGGCAGUCGAACACCUUCAGACAGGACUGUGAAAAAGGAAGACAGCGAUGAUAGCCUAGUUGACUAUGGAGAGGGAGUGAAUGGCCAGUUCAAUGAGGACGGCUCCUUUAUCGGACAGUACAGUGGUAAGAAAGAGAAAGAACCAGCUGAAGGAAACGAAAGCUCGGAGGCACCAUCUCCUGUCAACGCCAUGAAUUCAUUUGUCUAAUUUGUGAGCUCUUUGGCAGUAUCCAACUUUUCUCAAAUGUUUAUCUUAAUAAGGACUUGUCUGUCCACCUUCUCAUACUAUGAACAUAGAGGCAGAAAGUCUGUGUGCUGCUGGGUGUUCAUAUGAUGAGAACUGUCAAAGCAAGAACAUAACUCAGUCAAAUGAUAUCUUAAUGUGAACUGCGGUGCAAAGUGUAUACUUUUUCAUUCAACAUAGGUCAUCUUGAUUUCCUAAGAACUGAUAAAAAAAAAUAAUAAUACAACAUCAUCAACAGAUCACCUUCUACCCGCUUUGGGAUACAGUUCAAUAGGUUGCAUGAAAAAUGCUACACCUUUAAAGGUUAUACCUGUGUAUGUUAUUCAAACAUGGGUUGGUACUUUGAUACUCUCCUCCGCUGAACCCCUAAGUAGGACUUCCGUUUUCAUUGUCAAGAGUGUUACUGUAGUAUUCUCUAGAACUUCAAUGUCUUUGUGGACAUUGUCGUGAAAUUGGUGACUCUUAUGUCUAGCUGUCGUUAGUCUUUUUGGGAGACUGUUAGGAACCAUAUGUACAAUAUAUACUUGCGAAAUGAGUUAAUUAUGACAGGUACAUUUGCUGAUGCUUACUGAGACCCUCUUACCUGCUCUUUGCUCCUCUUACUCCAUUGACCUCUUAAUCAUCAAAGUAUUAUAUUGCUACAGUGUUCUACUUUUUACAUCCUCUCUCCAUUCUGGUCUGUGAUUUUUAGGCAUAAACAAUGUGUAUCGCAAUGCAUUUUGGCACUUGUGCCAGACCGAGAGAAUCUCAAACAGAUCACUCCAAUUAAAUUUCAAAAAUUAUUCCAGAAAGCAUAGGGCAAGACAUAUGCAGUGCCUUCAGAUGAUAAGCAUUCCACAAUAUACUGCCUUCUAUAUCAUUUGGUACAGUCAACUCGGAGUCCAAGAUUAUUGUCAUUGUCUAAAAGUCACGUGGAAAAGGAAGAGCUCAUGAAGAUGGCAAUGUUGGGGUAUAAAAAGGAACUGUGACAGUAAAAUGAAGACAAUUUAUUUUAAGGAGCAUUUUCCUCCAUAUGUAUAAAAAGAAAAGUUUUAUCACCAACUGGAGCAUAUGAUGAUUUUAUGGUUUCUUAUGGUUUCUAUUAAAACAAGUCACAUUCAGUAAGAAAGAUGGGAACUUGGUAGAAAAUUUUUUAAAAAAUUAUUUCCAAAAAAAAGCACAUAAAGCAAAGCAACAGGAAUAUAUUUUUCUCUAAGUCAUUACCUAUGUGGCAGCUUUUGAAACUCUGCAGCAUUAAACAGUGUGUAUGCAAAUUACAUGGAUGCCUUGCAGAAUCUAAGAAAUCUGACAAGUGCUAACAAGGCCAACAGUCAAAGGGAUUACAUCUGUGGUUUUGAAAAUAGGCAUAUAUAUUCUACCAGCUUCAUAAAUAAUAUCUAUCAAAUGGUUUCCUUCCACAUUUGAAAUUCUAUAACAACCUAUGGUUGAAGGAAUGCUCAGUUUCAUUUGCCAAUAAAUUGGUUUCUCAUAACUUGCAUCAAGUUUAAUUUUAAGUAAAGCUUUUUAUAUGUAGAUAUUUUGUUGAAUUUGUAAAUAUGCUUAGAGUGUAGAUGCUAUAUGCUUAGGGGUGUUACAUACAAAUAAACAUGCCAACAAUGUUUAUGUUGUACUGUAUAAAAUGUUAGCUAAUGAAUACAGUGUGUGGGAUUGGAAAGCAUUUACUUAAAUGCCUUCUGGGGUUUUAUUUUCUCUUUUUGCUGUGAAACUGAAAGAGUGAACUAUUUUCCAUACACACAGCAGGUUUCUAGAAGAUAUUUUCAGAGCUUUGCCGAAGCACAGUUUGAAGUAAUCCCAGGCAAAGAUGGCCCUACAUAGUUUAAUGUCUCCAGUAUUCACUUUUCACAGAUCAGCCUUUCUUGUGGAAAUCCAGAAAGACCAGACAGGCUUGCCUUGGCAUCAGAGAGCACAAAGAUAAGUUACUUCAAAUUUACCAAUGUAUGGGGGUGGGGUGGAGGGGACAAGAACAGUGUAGUUUUUCCUCUUCCACAAUGGCAGAUGCUAAAUUUAUCUGUGCAUGAAGGGGUCAUUUCUGUACUAGUGCAACAGAGUUUGUAUUAAAAAUGA